UUAGAAUCCCGCUAGGGAACUCAGUUGACAGUUCCGCCAUCACAUAGUAUCUUGUACAUUUCAGUUCCCGCUACAAAUGUUUGAUUAUUUAGAUUGUCAAAUAACACAGUAUCGACUGUAUUUUAGUAGUUUGUGUUUGUUAUUAUCUGCCCAUUUAAAUAUAAACUUGUAAGUUUGAGUUAAAUACAUGUACACAUGUAAACUGUGCUGCUUACUUGCCUUUAGAUUGUAACCAUGGAAUUAUGUGAAGCAAUGAACACUGAAGAAGUCAAUGAUUCUGAUAAUAAACCAAAGCUUGAAGACAACUUUGGAGGAUUUGAUAUUGAUGAUGGUUUAUUAAUUGUUCUUGAAAAUAAAAAAAAAUCUGUUGAAGUCGAACUGAAUAAAGUUAAUGAUGAACCAAUGGAAGUUGACAAAGUAUCAGAGAGUCCAUUAUUAGUGAAUAACAAUAAUGUUAACCAAAAAAAUAAACCGAAAUUAAAUUUACUAUCACCUGAAUCUUCUGGUACUAAGUAUGAACGUAGUGCUAAUAAAAGAUUAAAAAAAGAAAAUUCACGAAAUGGACCUAGUGAAAAUUUGGAGACUAGUAAUUUACAACUUGGCUUAGAGUUAACAACUCCAACUUUCAAUCUUACUUCUACACCUAAGAACAGAAAAAGUAUUGGAAGAAAAGCAAAUGUUGACAUAAGUGAUCCUAUUUAUAGACUUCCGUUUGAAUUUGGUUGGAAAAGAGAAUUAGUAUAUAGAACCAUAGGGGAAACUGCUGCUAAUAAAUCUAAUAGAAGUGGUGAUGUUUAUUAUUACUCCCCAAGUAAUAAAAAACUUCGAUCACUACGAGAAAUUCAAGAACACUUAGAUACAAUUGAUAAUAGUUCUCUAACUAUAGAAAGUUUUACAUUUUUAAAACAACCAUUAGGCUUAAAUGACAGAUCUAAAGAAAUAAUAAGGGAUGCAAACACUAAAUUUUCCAAGGAAGAUUCGUUUGUUAGUGUUUCUAUGAAAUCUAAAAAGACAAAAACUCCUUUACGACAGUCACAUGAUCAUGAGUUCUCAGAUGAUGAAAACAAUAAAUCAUCUAGCAAGAUGAAAAUUUUAUUUAAAAAUGUCAAAGGAUCCAGAGCAAAAACCAAAAAAGAAAAAGCUAAUAUAGAAACUGUGAACACCUCAUUAUCAACUCCAGAGUAUAUUGAUGAAGAUUGGCAAGCAAUACAGUCCAGUGUUACAUCUUCUCCAUUGAAAAUUAAUGAUACAGAACCUAAAAAUUCUAUCAUCAACAAAAGACGGUUGUCAGUAUCAGAUGGAGAAGUUAUAAUGCAAGCUCCAUGUGGUUUACGUUGUCCAAAUAGUGAUGAACCAGCUACUCUAAUGUGUGCACAAUGUUUGGUCUAUUAUCAUCCAGCGUGUGUUCAUUUAAAUCCAAAUCUUAAAAUUGUUGGUUAUGUUUGCAUUAAUUGUCGAUCAUCUGUAAAUCAAAAAUAUAAGCGUUCUCAACCAUCACACACAAUUAUUGUUGGUGCAUCUGAACCAGAGAAAUUGCGUAUUGAACCUAUACGAAUUCGUCAAGUUCAACAAACAACAAAUAGUCCUAAUUUUUUUAUUGAUCGAACUCCAAAAUUUGAAGAGUCCUCUCAUGAGUCAAUUGAUAUAAAUUCUACAGAAAAUAAUAGUAAAACUAAUACAGUCAUUUGUCAAGGAGCUAGUUACAAAACUGCUAUGGUAGAUGAUAGUUUUCAACAACAAUAUGUUUAUGAAAUGAAACAAACAAGAGGUCCUAGUUUAAUGACUUGUGUUGUUCAAGAACCCAAAUUUUUAGAUGAAAAUUCUGAAAUUAAUGGAACACUUACUGAACCUUCUCAUCCAAUGGCAUCUAUGCAAUCAUUUAAUUACAUGGUAAAUGCUAUGAGACAUGUUUUUAAACAUUUAAAAACACAUGAGCUUCUAUCAGCAUCUAGAGUGUGUACAGCUUGGAAUAUUAUAGCAAUGAAUAGACUUUUGUGGCAAAAUGUGCGCUUGAAAAAUUCAAUGGUUUAUGAUUGGGAAAAGUUUGUAAAUACCAUUGAUAAUUUAGGAACCAUAUCAUUGGAUACACGUCGUAUGCUCAUACCAACAAAAACAGAUGAUUUUGAAAGUUUUUGGCUAAAAUUCUCUGCAUCUAUAAAAAAAGCUAAAAAACUGAGAGUUAUUGAACUUUAUAGAUGUCCAACUCAUGUCGUUGAAGAUGCUAUUUAUGCAUUACCACAACUUGCUGUAUUAAAUUCUACUUCAAUAAAAAAUCCUCACUUAAUUAAAGAAGCAAAAAAUUCUGUUGAGUUUAUGGCAUUAAGUCUGAAAUAUUUAGGCCAAAUGACCAAUCUAACUGAAAUAAGAUUAAAAGGAUUAAGUGGAAUAAAAUUAACAACAAUUUCAUCCAUGGAAAAUUUAGUUAAUUUGAAAACUUUAUCAUUAACUUCAAUCAAACAAUUUCCAAAAGAUAUUUGUAAAAGUUUGGAUUCGGUUUCAACAAGUCUAGAGUUUUUGGAAAUUGGUGAUUGUGACUGCAUGCCACAUGAUUUUGCAACAUCAUUAAGAAAAUUUAUUAAUUUGAGAUCUUUAAGACUAGAAAAUUGUUGUGGACGGUGGGAUACAUAUGCUCAAUCAGUUUUCAGUGCUAUUAGAAGUUUAGAGAAGCUUAAUAUUUUGGAACUUAUUAAUAUAGAAUUCAGUAAUUGUGUAGAAGAUGAAUUAGAAAAAUGUGAUGGAAUUCGAGGAUUACUCAUCAUUCCGGCUUAUGUUAGUCAAUCUGCUACAACUAAUUGUCACUUAAUUGAUUGCCUCAAAAAACUGUCUGGAACAUUGACACAUUUAGUUUGGGGAUUAACUCAUGAACUUCUAAGAGUAACAGAUCUAUUUAUCACUCAAUAUCAACAAAAUCAACAUACAAUAGGUUACAAUUUAGAAUUGUCUCAUACUAAAGAAACUUCAAAUAAUAUACCAAUAUUGAGAACAAGAAAAAUGAGGCAAAAACCAGGGGAAUUAAUACUGGAGAAAGAUAAAGAAAAAGACAAACAAGACAAUGUUGACAUAUUAUCAGUUCCUGCUCUUGAAACAUUAUUAGAAAAUAUGAUGAUUGGCGCCAAAACUAAAGUGAUCAAAGUUCCAUUUUCUGCUACAACUAGAGUAUAUUUAGCAGAGCAGUUUAGUGAUCUUUAAUAUACUUGAAUCUUAAAUAUUAGAAAUUUUGUCCAUUUAUUUAAAAAUGUAGAAUUAAAUAAAAAAUAUAAUUGUAUGCUAUUAUUUGAGCAAUUGUCUCAAAAUUAUUAUUAUCAGUUAAUAUAUUUAUAAAUAUGGAUUCUUACAAUUUUCGUGUAUUUUUUCUUUCUAUUUUUGUAAAUAUAAUGUGACUUUAAAUUAAAUUUAUAACUUGAUUGUUAUUAUACCAAUAUUUAACUCUAAUAAUUUUUGUUUCAAUUCAGCCUUAAAUUUGAAAUUAAUAAUCUAAUUAUAAUAUAUGUACAUGACAUUAUAAUUGAAAGUGUCUUAUUUUAUGACUUAACUUUUUUACAAUGUUCUUUGAUCUACAAUGUAAAUUUAGUGGAUUGCUAUGUUUUGGUAAUAAAAGGUUAUACAGUUUUGUAAAAAUCGUGUCAUAUUUAUAUGCUAUUGUAUAUGAUUUAAAAAUUGCCUUUUUGGUAACAUAAAAAAAAUUGUAAUACAGGAGACUGUUUAUCAUAACUCACUUAAUUACUUAUAAAAUUAAAAUAAUUUUGGUAAUA